AUGGAAAAGUGUGCCGAUCUUUUAGAAAAGUUAACCAAGCUGGAAAAUAGGCUCGUGGACAAUAAUGCCAACCUAGAAGGAAAACUCUUGGAGUUACACGAAUGUACAGCCAAAUUAGAAGAGAAGUUUUUGGAAAAUACUGCCAAUCUAAAAAAAGAAUUGGAAGAUAAAAUUAUGGAAAAAUUAUGCGAAUUGGAAAUACGGAUUUUUACUUUGGAGGACAGAAUUCAAGAAGUGCAAGGCAAUUUCGCCGCUUUAGACAUCAAGACCAUCGACGAACGACAGCGUGGACUUCUGUUGGAAAAAUCAAGUGAAUUUGGAGCUUCUGUUGGGUCAGCUGGUCAUCUGUGGAUGAAACCGCCGCAAUUUGAUGGUACAAUGCCUUGGAAUAUCUACCGACGUCAGUUUGAGGCAGCAGCGAAUUCAAAUGGUUGGUCAUCGACCGAAAAGGCAACUGCACUUUGGCCCUACGAAAAGAUGCUGGUUCUAUUCUUCAAAGAAUAUCACCCGAAGAACAAGGGACUACUAGUAGGACAUUUGGAGAUGCGAUAUGGCCAGUUACAUUUAGAACAUGUCUACAAUACACAACUAAAGAAUCGGUUCCAGAGGUGA